UAUCGUUCGCGAGGUUGAGACACUAGUGUCUCGCUCCAGUGCGCUCGAUUAGUGACAGUUCGCAAGGACGUAUGAACUUGUUCGUAUGUUCAGUGAUCGUGUCGGUAAAUAUCGUCGAAGCAACGGAGUUCCUCGUGUCCCUUUCGACGCUAACGAUUUAAUCGCUCGACGAGUGGAAAAUCGACGCGGAGUUAGCUACCGGUGACAUAUUUACGUCGUCCGAAGAGUGCUCGAAAACGAAGGUUACCGUUAAAGAUCGGAGAGCUCCCCAAGCCGACGGCGACGGCGUGAGUCGAACAUCGAGGAACUACUUACCGCCAUUGAAGCGAACUACUCGAAGACACUCGAGCUCGGCUCGUUAGCCGCCCAUCGAAGCCAAAAGCCGGUCGAUAACGUUAUCUGGCUGCAGUAAUUGCAACCUCUGUCGCAACAGUCGACCAUUGACGUCGGCCGCGACUCCGCAAGACAACAAACGGCGGUGACCGCGUGUCAACAGGUGAUUCGAUCGAGCCACUAUCGGCGACCCUGUUGGCCUAGCCGGAAGGUCGUCGAACGAAAGGGCGGUGAAAGGGAACGAUCGAACGAGGUUGAAUCGAAAGGAGACGAAUCAGUCGAUCGGACGGAUAGGUUGACCGAUCGCUGCUCCGUCGGUUUCGUCGCCCGAUAAGGUCACGCUCGCGUGUACUAGGAGACAACAGUGCGCGAUAACGUUUCUACACGGAGCGGAAAGGGGCCACUCGUCUGGCGCCUUGUUCUUCGCUAAAGUGACACGUCGCCUUGGCCAAUAAAACGACAGACGGUCUCUAAACCGAACGGAAUCGGCAGCUGCUCAUCCGGUGUGCCCCGUUCGUUGGCCCCUUCGGUUCAAUUUCAGACCAAGUAGGCGGUCUGUCCGUAAAGAAAAAGUGAUCCGCGGCGAAUCUUGAGCUUUGACUCGCCGCGAACCCGAAACAGGGCUUAGUUUCUCGGAGUGCAUCGGUGUGAAGAGAAUCGAUCCGGGAAAGAUGACUCGGUCGAACUGAUCGACGUGGAUACAACGAGAGGAUUCGUCGGGAUGAUGAUGGCGCCGCAGGUCGUGGGUGUCCUGCUAAAGAAACCGGGACAGCAGGGCCACCCACGUUUUCCACCGUUGGAUCCGCAGGAGACAAAAAUACGAGGCGAGCUAUACGUGGAGGACCUAGCAGAGAGGCGGAUCGUUUCCAUCAGAAUGGGUUGGCUGUGGGUUGAGGGUACACCGAUGAGGCUACCUCUGAGGGCGUUGAACCUACGUCAGGCAGCACCCAGCUUGUGUCAACCUCAUGCGUUGGCCCUUGGUUUUACGCUGAGCAACUCGCAGGACCACACUCUUGCCACAUUUUGGGCUGACACGGAGCCGAUCUACUGGUCCUGGGUCCGAGCAAUCGCAGCGGAACUGGUCAGGCAAACGCCAUUUCGGUCUCAGCGUUGCUUGAAUUUCUUGGAGAUCCUAACCAUCUGCCCGAGAGGCCCGGUCCCGCUUCCUGAUAGCCCCACGGAGUCCAGAAGACGAUCGCGAAGCGAGUUGCGCUGCUGGCCAGGCGAUUCCCCGACGGAGAAAGACCCCAGAAGCGCCGCGACGAUAUUGGAGGAGUCCAGGAGAAGGGCCAGAAGCGAGUUACGCGGUUGGUCUAGCAGCAACUCGAGCGACGAAGACUUGCUCGGAGAGUUUCGCAGUAUACCGGCGAUAAUAACGAAAGAGCCGGCCGUGACCAGGGUUUGGGGUUGCAGCGAAAGCAGCGAAGGCAGCGACGACAGCCUUCCUUGGGGCGGUGUGUGUCGUUCGAGCGUGGAUUCCGUGGAUUCCACGGUGUCUCUUCCCGAGCCGGAGACUAGAGAGCAGAGGAUUCAGAGGUACAAGGAGGCAAGGAGGCGAGAAAACGAGGCCAGAAGCAAGAGAGUUCUGGAGGAAGACGCGAAGAGGCGGAAAGCGAGAGCCGAGGAGAACAAUAACGAAGUCCUCAAGACGUACGGUUCCAGUAGAUCGAGGAGUAGGAUCUACUCUGGAAACGACAACGACGAAUUUUGUCUGACACCGACAAAGAAGGAGCCGAGUACUGUUCACGACACUUGCAGAUCGAGGAAGGAGAAGGACGUUAUCAGCAGACUGCCGCCGGUGAAGCCGAGCGAAACUUCCACGGUGAGAUUCGAGGACGAUCAUCGCAACGAGGAUGACAAAAGGAACAACAACAGCCCCAAGAACGGAAACACGAGUCCCGGGAUACUCAGAACAGACAUGAGCGAAAGGAGAAGCAGAGCCAGGGAGAGAAGAAGCGUACGAGAAAAGGGCCAAUUGUUACAAACGCAGCAGCUCACGAGUACCACCGUCGAGACACUUCAAGAACGCAAGGAACGUCUGGCCCAAUUAUCGUCCAGGAUUCCGGUACCUCGUCAGCUGUCGCAAACAUCUCUCAAGGCUCCUGAAAGUUGUAUCUCGGCUGCCCUGCCGAGGUCGUCGGCUUCCCUCUCGGUUUUAACCGAACCCCCGCGCGAGGAAGACGUGGCCAGACUCCUGGAACGAUGUCAGAGCGUGGAUCACUACGUGCCAGUGCGAGAGAAGCUAACGUUGUUCGAAUCCCUCUCGAGAUUAGGCGGUCGGCUAGCCAGGAGCACGGAGGAUCUCGGACGAGCGUCCUCGAAACCGAGUCCCAGAGGGAAACAGCGAGCCAGGUCUCUGCACGAUCUUAACAGAGGAGCCAAAGCUGUCCCUGUCAGAGAGAUGUGUCGUUUCUUCGAGGGCGACAUCGACCAAGAUCCCAACCAUAAGUCCAUUUCUCUUACCAAGCCAAGAUUCAGUGAUCCUGUAACACCUACCCGGAGCCCGUGGAAAGAUUCUUUAAACCCGAAGGCCAACGAAGCGCCUUGUGUCAGAUCGUCGACGCGAAAGAAACAUUACUUCAAAUAACGCAUCGAUAAAAUCACUUCUCAUUGAGAUUCCAUUUCGGGUAUUUUAAGGGAUGGUUCCUUUCGAUUUCGAGGAAAUAUUUUCCACGGGUUUCAGCUUUCGUGUGUUGACGAAUUACCACACUUCCGAAAGCAGGACUUUCCGAGUCACGCGCGGUAGGGUGCCACGGAAAAGCACCAAAUAUGCGACUGUCGAACAAACCAGGCUCGCGAAGCUUUAUUGCACGCUGGCUCGGAACAUGGUUAAUGUUUGUCUGCAGUCUAGACUUGAAUCCAGUCCUUCGCUGGCCGCGAUGAAUCGUCGCACUCGUGUUGAGAGAAAGUCGCUGCCUGGAGCAGCUUUUUUUGCUCUUCAGGAUUCGAACCGUGCUCGAUUCUCGGCUCGAGUCGAGUUUCGAUCGACUGUUGAUCGAGCCGCUCGUUGCGAACGUGGUGUUGGUCGAUUUUUUUGAAAAAUAAUGCUUCCGCGAGUAGUGCCUAAAAAGUAUGACGAUUUUGUUCGUGUAAAAGAUUCGUUGUUUUUGUGAAAAUGCAACUUACGCUCGGUUGUUAAACGAAAAACAUUCGCGGUAGACUAAUACCAAUUUAUUAAUAUAAUUAGUUCUCUAUUAUUACAACAACAGAAGUUUAAAUUAUGUUUGGGUCGAAUUAACAGUCUUGGUUAGCUCCAGUGUUAUCGAUUUUAUUGUUUCUGCCAUAACAACUUUAUGUUCCUAGAUCUGCAACAUCAAGAAAACGUAAGGGCGUAAUGAAAUUUUCGUCAUACACACCGUACGUACACCACAAUUAUUUUGAAAGCCUUGUUCAGCCUUCGUCGCUGUCUGAAAACUGAAUCUUUUAUAUAUCGAUCAAAAUCAAGACUUACACCACUUUCGUGAUAGCCGGCUCAAGUAUUCCUCGCGAGGCGAUCUCCGAGGUUCCUUCGUGGAAAAAUAGAAGGUGAAAAAUUCAAGGACGUUUCGCGCCAAUUUCUGUUUAUGGUUUUAUAAAUUUCUGUUAUUUAUUACGGUCGGCCCGGUCUUGUAGAAAAUACCCCAGAGUUUCCCUUCGCGACGAGAGCGAGUCUGUACUGUACCGAAGAGUGUGCUGAAUUGAAAAAUAAAGAGAGAGGGGAGAGAAACCGGUAAUUUCCAUUCACGCUGACGCUUGCCGUGAUGCUGAACACCUGUCGAAUGCAACUCGAAGACCAUCGACGCAUCUCGACCCUUUCUAUUGUGUCGAACAAAACCUUAAUAAUAUUUAUAAGUUAAAUUAAAAGACGAAUUAAUUAGGUCAUAUUAAUUCAGAUGUACUUUUAUCGAUGAUCUGUCGCCAUCUUUGCAGUAGUCAUAUCAUUCCGUCUUCGUAUAAAACUGCCAAUUUUUCUAAAAACAUCAUUUUGCACCAUUUUGCUCGAAAGAUGAUUUCAAUUGUUAAGUUUUGUACAUAGCGCAUCCGUUAUCGUCUUGCCGUGCUGAAAGUGUAGAAUGGACACCAUUGUAAAUAAUUAGCUAAAAUAGAAGGCGGAAAGAAAAAUGUAACCGGGUAUCGGUCGAAUUUCGAACAUCCGUUUUGACGACGCGUGAACUAAUGUCGACUUCCGGUUGCCAUCAAUCGGGAUGAUAAUUUCCGUUCCUGUAUCUCCCCUUACUCUCUCGUUUCACAUCUUCUGUUCAGCCUCUCAAUGUAAUCCAGUCACUUUACAUUUGACUAUGAACAAACAAUCUUAACAAUCUAUUUCUUGUAGUACAAAGAUUUUUCAUAAAUUAAUUUUUCAUCGAGUAAUAUGUAAAAAUUCUUAUAUAUAAAAAUGUAUGUUUACGCAUCGCGGUAGGUGCAAUGCAUGAGUUUUUUCAAAGAUGUCUAAAAAAUUAUUACGUUUACAGUGAAAACAAUGCUCGUUGAAGAUAUUGACAAGGAAAAUUUAUAUAAAAAGGGGUACUAUUUUUCUGUACAUGCAGUCGAUAGUUUACCUAUAGCAUGACAUGAAAACUUUGAACUUUUAUCUGCAUUUACGAAUUACUGGAGUAAUUUUAUAUUUAUUUCAGUUAUCGUGUAGAACCUUUCAAAAAUUAUGGAAUAUAGUUCAAUGAUGUAGUUCAAAGAUUCCAUGUUCCGUGUAAAUAAUUGCACCUUUUUCGUAGAAAAUUCACUUGCCUUUAUUUCUCGUAGGUCUAUUGUCACAAUAAACUAAACAAUUCUUUAGAUAUUUCCAAAAAAACUGAUCCGUACAACGACAAUUAUGAAACUUUUUACACAUUACUUGCAACAACUUAAUAAAAGUGUAUGCAUACGAUCAGCUCGAUAAGAACCUUUCCAUAAUAUCUGGAUAUUUCGGUCUGGUCCAGAAUUGUGCACCACGAAAGUUUUAUAGUGCACGGUGAACAAGUAAACUAGUGGCGGCCGGUUCCGAUUCGGAGUGACUGAACUACGUAAUUAGGUCGCGCGAUCGGUUCUUCAACCAUACAGUGCACCUCGUAACGUUUCGGUCCGUGCAAGUUAAUUGCCAAGAAGCUAAUUGAAACAAGAGAAGGGAAAGACAACGAACGACGACCGAGCCGGUAGUGCCGCGUUUUGUAAGCAACAAGAAGCAAACUGAGACGAUGUAAUUUACUGAAGUAUCGCGUGUUGCGUAUAUCGAGUCUCUUGGAAGCCUUAUCGAUCAACUACAUGGAAUAAAAAUUGAUGGAAGCCCAAUAUAUAAAUUGCUGAUAAUUUACUAUUUGAAUAAAUCGUGCGAGAAUCCGUUGAGAAACCAAGUUUUCUCGCUAAUGAUAAAUCAAAAUUAAAGGGGCAUUGCCGCAUAUAUGUAUAGACGCAUUUUAUAAUAGAAUAUUUAUUUAUCGAAAUUCUUGUUGAAAAAUUUCCGAAACACAGCCAUGUAGAGUCAGUGUAAGAAGUAUUCGUACAGCAAGCCAUUUAAAAUAAAUGGUUCCUGUACGAAUACUUAUUACACUGGCUGUAUAGUAGGUAUGAUCAAUGUCCCCGAAAUUUUAGACAAGAAUUGUAUUUCUGAUAUAAAAUGCUUCCAUAGCCAUCACUCUAUUAAAAAAUAUAAAAAGAAAAAAAACGUUACAUUAUAAAGGUUAUUUCUAUAUUGUUUCUUAAAAAUCAUCUAUAAUUAUAUAACGUAUUAAAAGUGAAAUCGAUCAGUUUAUCUUCUCAGAGGUUCAUACGUGAGGUUCAUAUUUAAUGUUCUUGUUGUUA